AUGCCUUACUCGCAGGAGCAGCUGGAAAUAGACAGAGAAGAACUAGAAGAAACAAGGCGAAGAAUAAAAGAAGCGAAAGCGUACAGUUUUAAAGUAUCGUCGGCCGUAUCGCAGUUUUAUACCGACAUUCAAAGUUCAAAAAAGAAUCUGAGGAGUAUCGAAGAAACCAGCGACACAGCGCUGAAAACUUUCAACGACAGAAGUGUGCCCGAGAAUCACAAGUUCGCUCUUCACGUGGACAAGUUCCACAAAAUUUCCACCAACAAACUCAAAAUGAAUAAGCUCGGGCGGAAGAUGAAGAAAUUCAAGCGACUGCUUGAAAAUUCUUCGAAAAAGAACUCGACCAGCGAAGAUAGGAAAGUAACUGCAUCACUGGUUUCGAUGAAGCCGGGCGAGGAACGUGAUUUCAAUUUGUUUUCAUCUUUUCGAUCGAUAAUAAGAAUUAUUUUUAUCUCCUGA